AUGAGCGCUGGGGACGCAGUGUGCACCGGCUGGUUGGUCAAGUCGCCCCCCGAGAAGAAGCUGCAGCGCUAUGCCUGGCGCAAGCGUUGGUUUGUCCUCCGGCGGGGCCGCAUGAGUGGCAACCCUGAUGUCUUGGAGUACUACAGAAACAAGCGCUCAAGCAAGCCUAUCCGGGUAAUAGACCUCAGUGAGUGUGCUGUAUGGAAGCAUGUGGGACCUGGCUUUGUUCGGAAGGAAUUUCAAAAUAAUUUUGUGUUCAUCGUCAAGACCACUUCCCGUACAUUCUACCUGGUUGCCAAGACUGAGGAAGAAAUGCAUGUGUGGGUGCAUUGCAUCAGUCAGAUCUGCAACCUUGGCCACCUAGAGGAUGGUGCAGCCCAACAUACAUGCUUUUCUUCCCUCAGUCUACCAACUAGAUGCGACAGCUGGUCAAACUCAGACCGCUCCCUGGAACAGACUUCCUUUGAUGAAGUCUUUAUUGACUGCCUACAGUCGCUGCCCUCCAGUCAUUUGCUCCACCCCUCACUCCGUAGAAAUGGAUCUCAGGAGGAACCUUCCAUGAAGCUGCAGGCUGCCCUGAUCUGGAGCAGAGAAAUCAGUGGACCAUCCAAGGACCACUUGUCGUCUUCAUCAUUGCUGGAAACAUCCUUAAGUCCCACCAUUCAGAUAGAUAAAAACCAAGGUUACUUGCCACGUGGGAUGAAAGAACUAGACAUUAUGGCCAACACUCCACCUCCCCGCCCCCCUAAGCCAAGCCAUCUUUUAGAACGGUGCCAAGAGGAGCAGCUCCUGUGGAGUGGGCACAACAGUGGCAAGAAGGCAGAAUGCACCCUGGUUCCAAGAAGAAUCUCUCUCUCUGGUUUAGACAAUGUGAGAACCUGGAAAGCUGAUGUAGAAGGCCAAUCUUUAAGACACCGAGACAAGAGGCUUAGUUUAAAUUUGCCAUGCAGGUUCUCCCUAAUGUACUCCACAGCUUCAGCCAGUGCCAAAGACAGCUACAUGCCCAUGAGCCCCCAGGCCACUGCCUCUGAUAUUGGAUCCCAUUGCAGCUCUGAUGACUACAUCCCGAUGAGCUCAGGAAACAUCACAAGCCUUCUACCUGAACUGCCUGCAGACCUGGAGCCUCCUCCAGUGAAUAGAGAUCUCAAGCCUCAGAGGAAACAACGGCCACCUCCUCUGGACCUGAGAAACCUCUCCACCAUUCGGGAACACGCAUCUCUAACCAGGACUCACACUGUACCUUGCAAUCGAACCAGCUUUAUCUCUCCAGAAAGAAAUGGUAUUAAUUCUUCAAGAUUUUUUGCCAAUCCUGUUUCCAGAGAAGAGAGAGAAAGCUACAUCCAAAUGGAAGACCACCAAACAGCCGACUCCUUGAGCAGUGGUAGUCUCAUGUGGACAAAGAAAUUCAGCCUGGACUAUUUGGCCCUGGACUUCAAUUCACCAUCACCAGCCCCCAUACAGCAGAAACUUCUCCUUUCAGAAGAGCAAAGAGUAGACUACGUCCAAGUGGAUGAGCAGAAGACACAAGCUCUCCAGAGCACGAAGCAGGAGUGGACAGAUGAGAGGCAAUCAAAAGUAGUAUUUGGAGUGAAGAUUGGAGCCAGUGUUGCUACCAACAGGAUGACAUCAUUUGAUUCCAAUACCUGA